GCCAGACCGAGAAAGUGGAGACCUUGACUUGCUCAACUCGCUUUCCAGAUGCAAACGUCAACCGUCAACCGUCAACCGUCAACCGUCAAUCGCCAACCUUUUGCUUUUCCCCCUUCCACCUCCACUCCACCUGCCACCACCGUCCAGCGUCCAGCGUCCAGCCCAGCUCCAGUUGACUCUAGGCCGCUCUAUUAUCUUCUACCAUGUAUUCGGACAACUCUUGGACUCGGAUCGGCUUGAUUUGAACUCCCAUCAACCCCUGCUUCCGACCUACCAAACAAACCUCCAACCCCCUCCAGCAGCUCUUCCCAGUAGCUCUCCACAUUAUUUGGUAGGCUAUCGGAUAUGGGCAUGGGACCUUGCAUUCGCUACUUCAAAUCCAUUCGCCAUCUUUGUUUGUGCCGUUAAGACACUGCGGGAGUUCGAUCCGAAACAUAACGAGUCCUCGGAGGAUAGUCAGCGGCAGCUCUGCCAGCCAGCAAGCAUCAUCUCACACAAUGGGUUGCUGUUGGUCCCGUCCCGAGGGUCCCAACCCUCCCUCACCCGGCGGCUCCCUGGCCCCAGUUCACCCCGACCCAGAUGCCGCACCGGCCCCUGGCCCCAACUCGUCCGCCCAACCUUCACCCACGCCUCAGCCCACCGCCCGGCUCGCCGACCGCGACCGUGACCGCGACCGUGACCGCGACCGCCCCGGCCACACCUUCUCCACCACCAGCGCCUCGACCCUGCUCCCCGUCCAGUCCCGCCGACGAUCGCGCCGCGAGAACCAACCCCUCGGCCAGCACAUCAACAAACCCCUCCGCCGCCACGCGUGGACCUCGACCGACCGCACUUGGACCCGCGCCGCCAUCGACCGCGAGCGCGCCGACUUCUUCGACACCCGCGUGACCGCCCGUCCCGAGAUCUGGCAGGCCAUCCACGCCGCCCUCCAGGUCCUCUGGGAUUCCGCCGGCCAGGACGCCGCCGACGACGGCAGGGACGGACUCGCCACCGCCCAGAGCAUCCUCGGCGCCGCGGACGUCACCCUACCCACCGGUAACCUUGCGCAGGGCGUAUACGAUAUCCUGGGGAACUACUACCCGCUCCCGGAAUGGGUGGUCGCCGAUCCCGAGAACCUGGCCGAAGAUGAUGACACCGAGGGCGGCGGGACGGAAGGACACCGGAGGUCCCGCGAGAGAGCAGACGACGAAGACGCCAAAGGCGACUUGACCGGUGGCGAUGAUGAUGACGAUGACGAUGACGACGGCGACGACGACGACGACGACGAUGACGACGACGACAGCGACAAUCUCGAUGAGAAUGAGGCCGCAAAACGACGAGAAGAGAAGGGCAAGGCCGUUGUGCAGACGCAAGAUUUGGUCUCCGUUCGCGCACGGUUAAGCGAGACCGGCCGGGACAUUGUUGUUUCAGUGGAGAAGACGGAAUCUAUUCGGACUCUGGCUUGGAGAGUCCACGAAAGAGCUAGGCUUCCCGCUUCCAGAAAGGUCCGUAUCGCCUACAUGGGCAAGAUCCUCAAUGAGAACCUGCCGCUCGACGCCCAGGGCUGGGUAGAAGGCCACAUUGUAAAUGCCUUGGUACUCGACCGUUAGAGGUGCCUCGCUGCCUCGUCCGCGCCACUUUCUCGGUCGAGCUCGGGAGCCGUCACCAUCAGUUGCUUUCGAUAUUAUCUCAUUUCCGUCUGCGCGCCGACCCGAAGUCCGUCGCGGUGACCCCCCAAGAGACCUCUUCCUGAGGAUGACCAAAGGGCGCUUCGGCAACUUUGCGCAUUCAUUAGGCGGGGCGUCCUUCUGACGCAUUCUUCUCCCCAUCGCCCCUGUUUCCUCG